AUGAGCAAUCAUGGGGUUGUCCACCAUCAUGCCAACCUGGGGCCCUACAACACUCACCUCGUUCUCAUUUUCCUCAAUCACAUGCAAGAUGCUCUGUCAGGGAAGCAGGAUGAGCUUCCCAUCUAUGUUGUUGUUUGGGACAAUCCACUAUGCCCCCUGACCCGUUUGUCCUCUUCUGUAUCUGCCUUCCCCCUGUGUUUCCUGGCGGUCCCCUGUCCGUCUUGUGUGUGUGUGUGUGUGUGUGUGUGUGUGUAUGUGUCUGGGUUCUGGGCUGGUUUCCAGAUCUCCCGGCUGCUAUUGAUUACCGGCACACCUGAUCAUCAUCUUCAUCAACCACCACAGUUAUCUACCGGGCUCAUCCACACUUCCAGCGCCAGAUCGUCUUCGUACCCAACCUCUGUGCUGCCGGUGAUCACUUCCUUGUCCCACGGCCAUCUGACUCUAGUCUCAGUCUCAGCGUGUCUUCACCCGAUCAGCCCAGCUCUCAACCACGCCAGCCAGUCCAGAACCCGCCAGCCAGACCAGCUUCCCUGGUCUCCGCUCAACGCACCACCCUCCAGCCUCCGGUCGAACUCUCCGUACAACAACGCACUUCGCCAGACAAGCCGCUGUCUCCAGAUCCAUCUGCACAAUAAAACUGUUCAGACCUAG